AAAUAAAUUGGAGAGAGUGAGCGGUCAAGCAAAAGGAAACCAACACCCGCGUGUUGUGUGUAGAACCACCGCCUCGCCGCGCCGCCGCCGCCGGCGGAGAGAGAGAGAGAAUGCUCACCCGAACCCUCGCCGGCCGCGUCCGCCCCCUCCUCGCUGCCGCGGGCCUCCGCGGCUACGCGCCCCGCGCGGCCGCCGACCUCGUCGUCGUCGGCGACGAGGAGCCCCCGCCGCGCACCGCGUCCUCCGCCUCCGCCGCCGCCACCGUCUCCAUCGCGGCCACUGCGCCCACCGUCCUGCAGCCGCGCGUGCUCAUCUACGACGGCGUCUGCCACCUCUGCCACCGCGGGGUGAAGUGGGUGAUCAAGGCGGACAAGCACGCCAAGAUCAGGUUCUGCUGCGUGCAGUCCAAGGCCGCGGAGCCGUACCUGAGACUGGUCGGGAUGGACAGGGAGGACGUGCUGCGGCGAGUCCUCUUCAUCGAGGGGCCUGAGGCCUACUACGAGGGAUCCACAGCUGCUUUGAAAGUUGCAUCGUACCUGCCUCUUCCCUACUCAGCUUUGAGCUCCCUGCUGAUCAUCCCCGCCCCACUGCGGGAUGCAAUCUACGAUUACAUUGCAAAGAAUCGCUACGAUUGGUUUGGCAAGGAUGAUGAAUGCAUCGUUACCAAGAACAAGGAGCUUCUUGAGCGCUUCAUCGACAGGGAGGAGAUGCUUGGAGGUGGUCCCAGCAAUAGCUUCUGAUGAUCACAGUUUUUGCUGCCCUAGUUCCACUUCUUAGUUCCAGUUGUAGGUUUAGGCACAGAGAGAUGUAAAUAAUCUUCACAUGAUCACAUCCAUGUAGGGUACUACUUAUGGACUAAAGGGUUUUCUUGACUUUUGAGUGUUUAUGCCUACAAAUUUGACACCACUACUAGUGUCCGGGAUGCAGCAUUAUCAUUAGUCUGCAUGCGGAACUUGGAUAGGCAAUGUCAAGAGAAAGGAGAGUUUUAGGAUUGUGAUUAUUAUCUCAGUGUAACAGGUUAAGAAAUGCCUUUUGACCUGUCAAAUUUCACAAGAACAUUCAAGAUGAACCACAUUAUGCCUGAAUUCUUGUA